CCAUGCGUGUCAAACGUGAAGAAUGUGCUCGCUCCUGUCGUCAGCUCCGUUUCCUCAGCGUGCUCUCUCACUGGGAAACAUGGCGGCGGCCACCGAAGCUGGAAGUGCAGCCGCUGCCUCUGAGCCAGCGGGGCCGACCUCCGCCGCUCCGACUGCGGACGGCCAGCAGCUUCAGUACAGCCUGAUCCUGAGCCACCUGGUCGGGGACCGCAGGCCGGUGAAGGAGCUGAGCCCUGCCGUGAUGGGCGGCCUGCCGAUGCCGCACAAGAGCGAGGAGCAGAAGAUGAUCGAGCGGGGCAUGGAGAGCUGCGGCUUCAAGGCGGCCCUGGCCUGCGUCGGAGGUUUUGUGCUUGGAGGGGCUUUCGGUAUUUUCACUGCGGGCAUUGACACCAACGUUGGCCUCGACCCCAAAGACCCACUGAGAACCCCAACAGCGAAGGAAGUCCUCAAAGACAUGGGCCAGAGGGGCAUGUCGUACGCCAAGAACUUUGCCAUUGUGGGUGCCAUGUUCUCCUGCACAGAGUGCAUCAUUGAAUCGCACAGAGGAGUGUCUGAUUGGAAGAAUGCAGUGUACAGCGGCUGUGUCACCGGAGGAGCCAUUGGAUUCCGCGCUGGCUUGAAGGCCGGGGUGCUGGGGUGUGGAGGCUUCGCUGCAUUCUCUGCUGCCAUUGAGUAUUACUUACGAUGAACCAUCAAAGACCGGGGGGGGGGACUCUGAGGAUGUGAACCUUGGUGGCAGAGUGAAGAAACAUCUGGACCAGACAAAGACACUUCACAUCCUGCAAGAGCCAGCCUUGUGAACACUUUUAUGCAGAUGGAGGACGAGCCCUCUCGGGUUCAUGUGCUUGUCGAAGUGGGACCGUCGUCUUUGGUCUCAGUGACCGUUUCCUGUCGGUGUGCUGCGGUGUGACACAACGCUACAGAGAGCCGGACAGUCCACUCUUGUAUUUGCUUAUUAAUUUAUUACUUCCAUCUGUCAGUCUGAUAUUGUGUGGAUAGUUUGAGCAGUUUCCCAGCUCCAUGUGGAGAUUCUCAGGAAAUGACCCCGUCAGCGCAGAGCUGAGCAGAGUUUGUCCGGAUCAGUGUCAAAACCACAGCGACUCGAUCAGAUGUUUAUGUUCUGGUGACAGCAGGCGGACAGAGAGCGGUGGGCCUCACGGGAGAAACUAUCCUCACAUUUCUCUUGAAGUUGAUUUCAGAUCAAGUUCAGGGAAAUCAGACUCAAACACGGUUCUUGGGGUACUCAUUCAUUCAUGUUUGGAAUUAGGGCUUGACAAUUCAUCAAGAGGUUACUGAAAUUGCAAUAUGGCUAAGUCCAACGUUCACAUCGCAGGAGCUGUAAUUCCUUGCUAAAGGUAAAAUGUGUGAUAAAAUGUCAUUGUAAAUAAACUACCAUGGUGCUCCAGACAUGCCCUGGCCUACAAAUUGUCUUUCCCAGACUUUAUUAGAAAAUUAUUAGAAAACAUUUUUUUUUGAUACAGACCCUAACAAAAAUCACACCAUCAUCAUUUUAAUAGCUUUUUCAGUGAAAAUGAAAAUUACAAUGCAAAAAUCAUCAUUCCUCCUAAAAUUGUGAAUCUUAUCACAAUUGCAGUGUCUGUAAAAUUAAUUGCAAUAUGAUUUUUUUAACCACAUUGUUCAGCCCUCUUAGGAGUAUUCAUAUUAAAUUGUUUUUUUCUUUUGGUCAA